CCCCAUAUUUCUGCACAAUAAUUGAAAUAAGGUAGAAUAAUUGAGCGAUAUAACAUUCUCAUUGUGUUAUACGGUUAUGAGGUAUGACAGCAGGCUUUUUUUUUUUUCUACAGUUGGCCAAAAACGACGACUGAUUAAUACGGACAUCAUUUCAGGGAGCAGUGAAAGCCAAUCAGGCGGCGAUUUAUGCCUGCCUCGCCUGUUCCUCAGUGCUGGAGGAUUUUGUGAGGAACCCGCAUGGCUGCGAGUACGUAAGAUACUCAAUCUGCGGCUUUUUGAGGACGAGAAUGGGCGGGCAUGGAGCAAAAGUGUCAUGGACCGGAAUUUUGAGGUGCUGUGUGUGAGUCAGUUCACCCUGCAGUGCAUUCUUAAAGGCAACAAGCCGGACUUCCAUUCAGCGAUGCCCGCAGAGUUGGCCCAACCUUUCUACGCCAGCAUCCUGGAGAAUAUGAGGAGUGGCUACAAGUCCGAGCUUGUUAAAGGUGGGUUAACCGAUGACACUUUCAUGUGUUACUUUACAUAAUAGUCUGGGGAAAACUUUGUUUUGUCUCUAAAAGUGCUGGUCUAUGAAGUCUCGCCCUUAUAAUUCAAGGGCUAGACUCAAUGACAUGUCAUUGAGUAAAGCACAGACAUCUGCCUAUGCUGAAUUGGUGCCAACAGACUCAAACUGUAAUACAUUCCUUUAUCAGCAUCUUUAUCUAGAUCAGGGGUGUCCAAACUGCUCGCCAGUGUCUUCAAAUCUGACCUGCAAGACGUCAUGUAAUAAGGAAUUUGGCCGCAGGGAGAUAUCAAGUCAUUUUGAAAGUUGAUUGAUAUGCUGCUACCUUAUUGCCAACUUGUGGAGUUAUUCAGGUCCACGACCAAUUAGAAUUCUUUGAAUGAUAUAAAGGUGCAACCGUUUCUUACAAAACUCAAAACUAGAGAUGUCCGAUAUUAUCGGACUGCCGAUAUUAUCGGCCUAUAUAUGCUUUAAAAUGUAAUAUCGGAAAUUAUCGGUAUCGGUUUCAAAAUUAUUAGUAUCGGUUUCAAAAAGUAAAAUUUAUGACUUUUUAAAACGCCGCUGUGUACAUGGACGUAGAGAGAAAUACAGAGCGCCAAUAAACCUUAAAGGCACUGCCUUUGUGUGCCGGCCCAGUCACAUAAUAUCUACGGCUUUUCACACACACAAGUGAAUGCAUGCAUACUUGGUCAAAAGCAAAGCACAUAUUGUUGAGACUUGACCAGAUCACCCACCCACACACUGCAGAAUGUAUAAAAACCAGUGUUGACCGAUGCACAGAGGACUGGGGAAUACCACAACACAAAAUUCUGACAGUCAUAACAGAUAACGGAAGCAACAUGGUUGCAGCGUUCAAACCUAAUGAAUCGGAUGCAUCAGCCAGCUCCGAGGAAGAUUCCGCCGAGACAAGUGACACUGAAGACUCUGAGGUGGUUGAAGACCAAAGGUAAAUUAUUUCAGUUUGCUGUUAAUUAACAAUUUCAGAAUGUCAGUCUCAUUGAGUUAUGCUAGGUUAUAGUCACUUAUAGCUAUUGUUUAUUGUAUUGUAUGGUAUUGUUCAUGCCAAUUUUACUAAAUUUCCUAUAUUAGAUUAAUAAAGUGUCUUAUUCUCUGUGUUUUUGUCUUAUCUAUCUAGGUUUGGACACAGGACUCCAUGUGUUGUACACACACUGCAACUCGUGGUGAACAUGGUCCAGAAAGAUGCAAGUGUCAGCCGACUGCUGGGCAAAGUUAGAGAGCUUGUCAAGCUCUUCCGCAAGUCAUCGGUGGCAACUGAGCGACUGCUGCAGCUGUGUCAACUAACUCUGGUCAAAGACUGCCCUACUAGAUGGUCCAGCACAUAUCUGAUGAUAUCACGGCUUCUUCAGAUCAAGGACUCAGUAGUUCAAGUUGCGGAUGGGAUGAGUUGGGACUAUAUCUACUUCCAAGUGAGUGGCAGAGGCUGACUGCUCUAAGAGAUUUACUCCUCCCCUUCACUGAGCAUACCCAGAUGCUCCAGAGCGACACACAGUCUUUAUCCCUUGUUGUGCCUGCCCUUCUGGACCUGCAAGGUCAUCUGUCUGAGUUCCCCCAUGCCCAGGGUUUUAGCUUCAAGGACCUAGCUUCUCUGGCAAAGAAGAUGAAGGCAAACAUGGACAAGCGGUUCAGUUGCUUUCUUGAUCACACAAACUCUAAGUUUUCACCGCUCGCUGCUGCUGCAUGCUUUCUCGACCCAACAGUUUCAGAAGCACUCCUUGAAAAUGAUGAUGAGCAAAUUACAGCGCUUCUGGAAAAAGCAGAAGAGUACAUUACUCAUUUGGUGUUACCAGUUGUACGGGAAGAGGAGGAUGAACAUGAGGAGCCAGAGGAGGAAGAAAAGGAAGAGAGACUACAAAGAAAGCGGCCCAGAUUCAAAUUCUUGUCAAAAGCAAGCCGGCCAUCCAGGUCUAGCUGCUCAAAGCCAUGUGUCAAGGAGGAAAUGAAGAAAUUCAAGGAGCAGCUGUCACAGCCUACAAACGAAGAGAGUGAGACUGCCCUUGAAUUUUGGGCUGCACAGGGAGAUUCUGUUUACCCAAGCCUAAAACCUAUCGCCUUAGAUCUUGUGGACAUGCCAGCAUCUCAAGCAUUUGCUGAGAGAGUGUUUAGCAUAACAGGUGACCUCACUCGUGGCCGUCGAAACAGCGCAAGAGCCAUUUUAGAGUGAAGCGCUUUUCUGAAACUAAAUCGAGGUCAGUAGGCUAAUUUUGCUAACAGCAAGUUGUUACUAUUAUUAGUACAGAUACAGAUAUGUGAUUGUGAUAUUAAGUUUGUUCUUGUUUUGAGACAGGCCCUCCUCUAAUUCAUAUUAAA